UGCGCAAUAGCAAAAGUUACAUGCUGAAAGUGGAAAAGGAACCAGACUGAGCAAUAACCUGUAGUGCCACCUAUAUCAUACCAAGUGCUGUUCAAGUCUCCCAUUAGCUGGACAAUACACAUAUGAUGAGUCGAUGACACUACUAUAGAUUUCUCUCAAUUGGUUUCAACCUCAGUCAUGAGCUUAAAGAAAGCAGUUCAGAAUAUGGUUUAGUAGUCAAUUAGUCUCAAAUAUGAGCUAAACGUCAACCAGCCUUGAAUAUACAUGUACAUUUUAGGUUGAUCAACCUUGAGUAUAAUGAAAUUCACUCAUCCAUGAAUAUGAACUAAAAGUCAAUCAACCUCACCCUCGAUGUAUGAACUUAAAGUGAGUCAGCCAAAAAUAUGAACUAAACGUCAGUCAGCCUUGGAAUAUGAACUAAAAGUCAGUCAGUUUCAUGUAUGAAGAAAAACUCAAUGCAUUUGAACUGAAGUCAUGGAAGAAUCAAGAAAAGAAAGUCUUAGAUGGAUGGAUCAUUUUGUUAAGAGAAGCAUACUAAACAACCAAUGCAUAAUUCAAGAAGAGACUGCCAUCAAUUAAUAUGGGGAGUUGUAAUUAUAAAUAAAUCAAAAGCAACGAUUAAUCUAAAGGCAUGAAAGGUGAACUGAAUGAAUGGUGAUUUUAAGAAAAUUAUAAAUUAUUUUUAAAAUUUUUGAUGAAUGAAUGAUCCUAGUGAACUAGAGAAUAAUACUUUUGAAACAGGAGAAUGAACAUUUUGGUUAGUGAUGCAACUCAGAAUAUGCAAAUCAUGGAGGGAAUGAUCAUUAUGAAUUGAGCACUUGAUCAUUUUAAUCCUAGCUAAUGAUUAAUCAUGGAGCUCUAAUUACAAAAUGAUCAUAAUCAUCUGAGGGAUCGAUCAUUGUGUGCUAAAGCCUGAUCAGCCACCUGUCAUUAUGGAUGGUGCCUGUUCUGUGGAGGAUGACUCUAUCAAGUUACCCUUGAACCUGACCACUGGUGAGAUGGCAGACCUACCCAUUGAGCUUGUUAAUAAUUCCCUAAUGGAAAGGGACUUAUCUCUUGGGGGCAGCACUGUUGUUCUGUCUGUCGACGAGCCAAUCAACUUAAAAAUGGAAGACCACAGAGUUGUCCAGGCUUCUUCACUCGAUGGACAAACUCUUGAUGCAAUGAUGGUUACCGAGGUAGCAGACGUAAACAUUGAUUCUGUCGCUUAUACAAUGAAAUUGGAAGAUGGUAAACUUUGUAUUGGUGCAAUUAAUAGAUCUGAAUCUGCUGAAGGAGAUUUAACUACUGAACACAUCUUAUCUUCCGAUCAGACAUUUCUUGAGAGUAGGCUCAUCAUUGAAGAAGGAACUAACAUCCAAGAGAAAACAAUUACUGUUACAUCUAGCUCUAUUGUUGACUCAAACCCCAAAAAUACGCCUGUUAAGUCUACGUUUGAUUCAAAUACCAUGCAAGCUGUCUCCAUGGCAACUGGGUUGAAUCUAGAACCUGUCACUGUGGCAACUGGGUUGAAUUUAGUGAAUGUUCCCACAACAUCUGGGUUAAACCUCUGUGCAUCUGCUGUCAUGGAGACACCAAUGGUUACCCAAGAAACCAGAGUGUCAAAAUCAUCAGAGCCACCUACCUCUUUCUACAAACUUCUCUGUCCGAAUGAAGUAAUGCACUGUGAGUGGGAAAGUUGCACAGGCACAUUUCACUCACUAGAUGGCCUUGUCAACCAUGUCAAUGAUGUACAUGUUCGUUUAGAACGGGCCGAUGUUGACUACAAGUGUAAAUGGACUGGGUGCCCAAGACGUGGAAAAGGUUUUAAUGCAAGGUAUAAAAUGUUGAUACACGUGAGAACGCACACCAAUGAGAAGCCACAUAAAUGUAACUUAUGCGGAAAGAGUUUUUCGCGAUUGGAGAACUUGAAAAUUCAUACUCGAUCUCAUACAGGUGAGAAACCUUACCUUUGCCCUGUAGAUGGGUGUAACAAGGCCUACAGUAACUCUAGUGACAGAUUCAAACAUGUCCGCACUCACCAGGUUCAGAAGCCAUAUUUCUGUAAGUUGCCAGGAUGUAAUAAACGCUACACAGACCCCAGCUCGCUACGUAAACACGUAAAAACUCAAGGUCACAAUUACCAGGGACAAGAUGUUGUGAGUUAUAAUAUCGUACAACAGCCCUAUCCACAUGAAAGCGGCCCUCAAAUAAGCCUCCCUCUAAAUACUGCGAGGGCAUCAGAAAAUGUGGGAAUGAUGGUGCAUUCAAAAUCUAAUUCACCUCUGGAGCCAACUCAGCCAGAAAACAACACUGUGUCAUCACAUUCCUCAAUGGUGACAUCAUACUCUCCAAUGGUGACAUCAUACUCUCCGAUGGUGACAUCAUAUCCAACAGGUGUGACAUAUCCAAUGGGUGUGACAUCAUAUCCAGUGGGUGUGACAUCAUAUCCAACUGGUGUGACAUCAUAUCCAACUGGUGUGACAGCACAGUCUAGCAUUUCAUCAGGGCAGUUACACACUGAGUAUCCUAAAGCAGAAUCUUCAAAGCAUUUAUUGCCUCAGAAUGCACUGCUAUCAGAGCGUCAUCUUGGGCAAACAUGUAGUCCACCUUUAGAGCAAAUGCCAUCUAGCAUUGGUCUACAAACUUCUACAAGCCCUGUGGCUCAUCUGUCCACAAGUCCAAUGCCACAUAUGCCCUCUAGCCCUCUUUCUCAUAUGCCACCAAGCCCUUUAUCACAAAUGCCUUCUAGCCCUCUCGCUCAUAUGCCAUCUAGCCCUCUAUCACAUCAUAUGCCUUCAAGCCCUGAGGGGAUGCCUCUCUCCCCAAACUCUACAAGGCACUAUAGCAUAGCCAACCCUGACCCCAGUGCAAUCUACUCACAGGUGAAUCCAUCAGUAAUGAACACUCCAGUAGUGAAUUCUACAUUGUUAAUGGCCCAAGGUGAAUCACUGGGACUGAACACAUCAUCCAUCAAUCACAGUAUGCCCACACAAGUGAUUUCAAUACAAGGCAAUAUGUUACAUAUAUCAACCCUUGCUUCUAAUCCCCUGCUAUCUUCUGCGGUUGUUACCCCUGGGGUUAGCACAGGAACCCAAACAGAGAACCCCUUGGGACCAGCCAGCCGGCCUGGCUCUCCUAAGGAUCUCACAACAGAAGCUGGUAUUCUUGAAGAUGGGAAAUGUCAGGAAACACCGCUAGAUUUAAGCACGAGUCCUGGGCACCAAGAUAGCUCAGAUGAAAACACAAGAGACACAGUAUUCUCUGUUAAUAUGGACUAA